GACAGAGAAUUCGUUUAUUACAGUUGAGACUUGAGAGAGAGAGCGAAGGACAAAAUGGAGGAGUGGAUUCCACUGUUGGACAUUUUCUUGAAGAGUCCAUCUCCGGAGACCGAGGCUUCGCUGUGGCUAGACCAGGCUUCGAACUCUUCUUCUUCCUCCUCCUCUGCGGCGGCGCCGAUCAACCGGAGCUCGUUUGUUUCAUUGCUGAAGAAACAAUGUGACCAGAAUUCAUCUCCGGCUACGAAGAAGGUUCUUUUCAUUGAGACAUUACCCAACAUGGUUCAGUCAAAGAUUCUAUCUUUCCUUCGUUUCGAGUAUCAGAGGUUUUUCGUUAGUGAUUUGGUUUGGCUGGCUAGAGAAAUGUUGGGUAGUGGUGGUAGUAAAGUUGUUGAUUUCUGGGUUCAGAGAGAUGCACAGAACCUGCUCGACAGAAUUCCUAAACCAAAAUUUGAUUGGAUAACUCAUCUAGAUUUGGAUUCAGCUGAUGAUGGCAGUAUUGGGGAGGAUUUUGACUCUGUACCAGAUUGGCUAAGUGAGAAGGUUGGUUCUGCUGGUACAAUUCUUCCAUGGCUUCCUGUAUCAUACAAUGAUGUAGAUUCAGAAAUGCUGGUUGUUGAUUCUUGGGAUGGGAAGGAGAUGACUCAAAUCAGAGAGGAUAUGGAAGAAGAUCAGAGAGAAGUUGUGGAUAACAUUGAUCAUACCAUGAAUGUUGGGUUACAAGCUGAUGAUCAUGAAAUGGCGGUGAAUCUUAGAGCUCAGGUUACGAACUUUGAGUCUACUUCUGGAGUUUUAACCUUGUGUAAUGAAAUUCGGAAACUUUUCUUAGAGAAGGGUAGGGACUCUUUUAGAGUUUUGGCUUUGAUUGAGCCUUGGAAUGCAGAUGAUGAGACUGCUGCGGUUUUACUUUCUAAUUUGCAGAGUGGAAGUGAGGAAGAUGAGCUUGGUUGGCCAAGCCAGGUUCUAUGUUCGAUUGUGCUUCCAAAGUUUUUGUCUCUCGAGAAGUCCGCCUCUCGUGUGCUGAUGUCUUCAACAAUCGAGUUUUGCAAGAUCCACCAAAGAGCAGCUGAGUAUGCAUUGGUGUUCCCUUUGAUACUCAGGAGAGAAGGGAUAAACAAUUUCAUUUGUGAGGUGAUUUCAAGGGUGUUGAAAGAAUGCUUGCACUUGGGUCAAAUUUCUGGUUUUUGCCAGAAGUUACUUUGUGGAAGAACAGAAGAGCGGAGGUUUAUGUUCCUUCCCUGCCAUCGAGAGCUCAUAUCGGAUGAACUGAUAUGGAAUGAAUCUCUGUUUAUCCUUUUCCAAAACAUCUUGAUCCAUGACGUCCCUUUAUCCCAAGACUCCGUUGAUUGCCUUGUUUCUAAGGUUCAGGAGUUGGCGGAAAGGUAUUCCAAAUCGCUAAAAUUUGGAAACUUCUUGCUACAUUUUACUGCCAAAUGUGCUCCGAUGCUACAGGCUCAUAAGUAUCAGCUGACCGAAUCAGUUAAGUGCACCAACAGUCUAGUUACAAAAUCUAUCCUAUCGAAACUCAAUGCCCUGUAGAUCCUAUAGCUCAAGUCUAGAUAAUUCCAACAAUUCUCUGUGGUUUGACAUCUGGAGCCUUUGUCUUGUCUCCAAACUUGGUGGUUAAAGAAUACUUGAGGUAAACUUGAAACUUGAAGCCUCUGGGAUACAAGAGCUUUGAAGC